CCUGGGUUCAGACUUGACAUGCUUGGUUCCAAAUGGACGUUUCCACUGCCACCAAACUUCUUCAAAUGCCCUGCGCUCAGCGACGACGACGCCAACCACUUAGUCUCUGUGGGCGAAGCUGCAUGCAUUCAAGUGGUCCGGAACGCCCGGCUACAACAUGGACCCAUUCGAUGGAGCCUGCAGUCUCAAUCCAAAGGCGUGGAAAUCUACUUGGGCGACGAUCCCAAAGCUUCGGUGGGGGUGUCUACCUGGUGCGGCGUAACCGAGAUUCCUGGCACGAUUGAGGAAAUCGCGACCAUGUUCAUGUCCAACACCACAGAUGAAUACCGCAACUACUGCCGCCUCUUUGCCAAGGACUACAUGGAUGCCGUGAACUUGUACAACAUUGCGUCUCCCACGCCGUCCCAGCCGCUGCGUUCGAUCAACGUCAAGUGGAUCGCCCAACAAAGCCCGAUUCCGGCCAUCGUCAAGCACCGCGACUGGUGCUUCCUUGAGAGCUGUUACGAAUUCGACGUCGACGGCACGAGGGGAUGGGUCCAAGCGUACAAGUCGACCAAGAUGCUGCAAUGUCCCGACCUGCAAUCCACGUUUGGCGUCGUCCGAGCCGAGCAUCACUUGAGCGGCUUUGUGUUUUUUCAAUCCAACGACCGCCCUGGCUACAUUCGAGUCGUCAGCACGUGGCAGGUCAACGUCAAAGGCAAAGUGCCGCGGUGGAUCUUCAGUCGCAGCAUCAAGAUGCGGUGUUUCGCAUUACGAGACCUCCACGCGUCGAUACAAGAGACACGGUUGCGCCACGUCAUGUCCGAGUCACUGCUGCCCAUCCAUCGCCUCAUUCCGUUCGAACUACGCUCCCGGUGCUUUAUAUGCCAAAUCAAGUUUGGCAUGGUGUUUACGCCCAAGUACAAUUGUCGCGGAUGCGGCGAGGUGGUGUGUCGAAAAUGCUGCCAGCGGUGGAAUCGAACGACAAUGAACGUGUGCGUAUGUGUGGUGUGUACAAUGGGCUCGCUCAAGCGGGGAGACGUCGAAGGACCGCCGAUUGUGCAGAACCCGAGAGUGCUGCUACUUGGGACGACGAAUCCCCUGGACGAGUCUCUCGGCGGAGACAUGGGCAGGCACAUGGUGCCCGUGCUGGAGGACGACUACGAUUCUGACGAGAAGGAUGUCGUGGUGCUUGCCGAUGGCCGCGACAGAGGCUAUGGGAACUCGAGUCCGAGGUUUUCGCGGCGGAGGCCAUGAGUGGUUCGAACAUCUAUUCUGGUACUCGCAUUGUAUAAAUGGAAUGCAAUCUGUGUAAUGUUUGCUGCGAUUGCAAUUAUUCAUAGGUGGAACGACUGCCGCCAAACUCUAGCAAAAUAUACUUUUUCUUUUGUAAUAAUAAUAAAAUAAAACCCUC